GAGAACGCAGGUGUGACGUGUGCGAGGGAGCCGAGGAGCGGCUUCUUCGUUCGUCAGUUUUUCCGAACCGAAGAACUGAUGGUAUAAUGCGAGGCUACGGAGGAACACCUGAACAAGCAACACGUCAAGGAAAUUAAAUGGAGAGCCAGCAACUACAGUGUGACUACGUUUUCACUAGACGAAGAUGGAUAGAGUACGACUGUUGCCGAUGGAACUGCCACCUGGCAGCAGCACGAACUCUAGUGCAAAUGGCAAGGGGAAGAUGUCAUUUGUCAAGAGAAUGGCACUAGGUUUUAUAAUCCUUGCAGCUUUAGGCCUACUGUAUGUACCAGCUUAUCAUUCGGCGCAAGGUCCACUACUAGGUUUAGGUGAGAUACCUUCCCCAGAUUCUGCUGGGUCUCUGGUUGGCUCGCACUUCGUAGCCUCCAUAGUUUCAGCUCAAUUACCUGGUUGGACCUAUAAUACCUCGCGAGAUCUUUCCGUGUACAUCCAUCCAGAGAACACCACAACAAUUCUCAACCCUGUUAACAUUUGUAUGCCGCCACCGUUCCUACUAAUAGUGAUCUGCUCAGCAGUGGCAAACCGUAAGGCAAGAGAUGCCAUUAGAAACACUUGGGCCAAUAAAAACAAUUUGGACAGCUUGUACAAUUCCACCGUUAGUAUAGCCUUCCUUGUGGGUCAAACCGACAACGAGACACUUGAUAAUGCAAUAAUGGAGGAGAGUGUUGAAAAUAGUGACAUAAUCCAAGAACAGUUCCAUGACACGUACAAUAAUCUUACACUGAAGUCUGUUAUGAUACUGAAGUGGGUCACAUCAAACUGCAAGGGAAGCAAGUAUCUCAUGAAGACAGAUGAUGACAUGUUUGUCAAUGUCAAUACGCUGAUGCGCACUUUGAAGGCGAGGCCUUACACUACUAACACAUUACUCGGCUCUCUCAUCUGCAACGCCAAGCCCAUAUUGGAUCCCAAAAAUAAAUGGUACACUCCGAAGUACAUGUACUCCGAGAAGAUGUAUCCCAAUUACUUGUCAGGAACAGGCUACGUAAUGAGCAUCGACGUUGCUGAGAAAUUAUAUCAAGCAGCUCUAGCGACUCCGUUGUUGCAUCUAGAGGACGUCUACAUAACCGGAGUGUGUGCAAGACGUGCCAGACUGAAACCAGUCAAUCACCCCGGAUUCAGCUACGUUCCUCGUAAAUUAGAGCCCUGCAUAUUUCGCGACGUCAUAACGGCUCAUAAGGAAUGGAAGGAACGUCGGAUACUACGUUGUCAGGCGGCGAAACGUCAACAGGUGCAUUUAGGCUCGGAAUCAUCAGCUCUUUAUUUAACAAAGGGAAACGGUAAUCUUCCUCUACGAAUCUCUGACUUUGGAACUCCGACCAACGUCCAGUUAUCAUCGGAAAAGUGUUCCACGUGCAUUGCGCAAACGCGUGGCAACGGAAACGCAGGGGUAGUUGAUAAGGUACUCGUAAGGUCAGUUUUAAGGAUGGUUCAAUACGCGCUUGGUAGACCGAAAAGCAAUAAGACGACGAGAAACUCGCAGGACGAGCUUUGGUCGUCUCCAACGAUUUUCACACGUUUUGCCCUGAAACGUGCGGCGCACGCGCGUUUGUCAAAACAUUGUCAAAAUGUUGGUCAGCUUCCGGCUGACCUGGGGAUGCCGGAGCCCGAUGCCGAUUCCUUUGGAAACGGCCAAGUAACUUCGAAAUCGAUAACGAUCUACGACCAUGACGGACGGAAAACAGAAAACACGGACUCUUAAGGAAUAUCCAACUUUGUUUUUUUUGUUCUUGUUUUUGCGAUAAGGCGACGUUAUAGCCAUACAAAUUGCUUGGAGAGGAUUCACAAUGAAAUUUAUAGAGGAGAAAAUUCUCAUCGCGUGUUAAUUAAUGUAUCGUAUAUUUAAUUAUUUUUUACAUUUUUUCUCUUCUAAGUCGGUUGUCGAAUUUAGUAGGCCGUCCUUUUAACGAAACGUCGGCAGCUACGAGUCGUAAUACUUGUUCGGGCCGGGGCAGCAAUAUGGCGAAAUCGUAAAACGAUGCAUAGAUAAAAAGGAUGUAAAAGCCGAGAAAAUGGUUUUCGGCGGGGAAGGGUGAUUUAAAGAUCUGCGUAUUAUUACUAAAGUAUUCUCUCCGGGGUGUAAGAAUCUCCUGCGAUCGUUGAGAGAGACGGAUAGUCUAUGGAGACACUUAUCGGUAUUCUUUUUCUCUACCGAUCGUCGUCGAAGGGUAUUGUUAAUAUUAUCGAUAACCUCAGCCUUUACAAGAUGGUUCCAUGCUGUAGGGAAUAGGUCAGGGUCUCGGGCCGAAAUAAUCUCUUCGAUCGAACGUCUUAACAUUUCUUCGAAUCUCAGAAUUAUGCCUUUGACCGUUAAGGUAAUUUCCCGUUUUUCUUGCGAUUUCAAUUGAAUACAUUUUGUUCAAGUUAGUAGGGAUAUUUCAGUUCAAUCAAGGCUAUAAGUCUGCAUAAAUGUGAAUAUUGGACAUUUUUGUUAUCGUGCAUAUAUAUUUGGGAAACUGUAUUAACAUGUACGUAUUGCACGAUAUUGUACAUAUCGUACAUGUUAUGUACACAUUUUUAUGCAACGUAUAUAUAGAUAUAUAGAUAUACAUCACGUACACAUGUAUGCAGUGGUAAGCGGAUAAUUGUACAAUGCCGGAUGAAUUGCAUUCAGUUCCUUAGAUCUGAGCAAUAUUUAACGGCCAAAGGUGUGAUCUUUUAGUGAGUUUAAGUGUGUCAUCGCGAAUACUUUAAGGUGAAGUGAAACCUCCUUCAAAUCAGUCGAUUCGAAUACAACACUUUUUUUUAAGGAUAUUGCAC